UAAUUAAUAAGCAAUUAAUAAUAAAUAAAAACAAUUAUUACAAAAUCUAAAAAAUAUAUAUAAAAUCUACAAACGCAUCAAAAAUUUUAUCAUAAAAAAAUUUAAACUACAAAAUGAUUUGUCCCAAACGUACAACUGAGCUGUUGGAGCUUCAUCUAGAACCUUUAAAGGAUAAAGAUCCCGCCUGGGAAAUAGCUGUUUCAAAAAUUGCCGGUCGCGGUGUAUUCGCCAGUCGCAACUUAAAACGUGGUGAUGUUAUAUUUCGUGAUAUACCCUUGUUAAUUGGUCCAUCGGCACGUAAAGAGGAUACUUUGAAUUCGUGUUCGGUAUGUUUUAAAAUGUUACCCGACACCAAGUUCAUGUGCCGCAAUGGUUGUGGUCUACCCAUAUGCUCGUUGUGCAGUAAGAAGAAACAACACAAACAGGACUGUACUCUGUUCAAGUCCUGGGAACCCUGUGAACCAGAUGUGGCCAAUUCGAUUAUAAUACGUUUACUGUGUGUAGCCAGAGCUAUAAAUUGCACCAAGGAACAGAGGGAUUUAAUCUAUUGUCUUCAGGCUAAUUUGGAUAAUAAUCAUCGCACUGAGGUGCGUAAUGCCGCUAAAGGUUUUAAAAAAUUCCCCACCGAUAAGAAGUUAAUAGAAAUUAUGAAUCGUACUGUAGCCGUUUUGCGCACUAAUGGUUUUGAUGAGACCUCUGAUCGCACCAAUGACAAUCAGGAAUUUUUCUAUCGUGCUUUGUUUCCUCUGUUCGCCUUGAUGAAUCAUGAUUGUGUACCCAACUCGUAUUAUACUUUUGAUGAAAAAACCAACAAUAUGAUUGUAAAAGCUUCGGUGGAUAUACCAGCGGGAACUGAAAUUACCACAACUUAUACGAAAUUGUUUACCAGCAAUAUUGCCCGUCAUUUGUUUUUGAAAAUGAAGAAGACAUUUACUUGCAAGUGUCCAAGAUGCUCGGAUCCCACUGAAAGAGGAGCUUUUAUUUCUGCUGUCUAUUGUCGCGAUACCAAUUGUACUGGUCUGGCCGUACCCGAGGUCACCGGUUUGCCACAUCCAAAUUGGAAUUGCUUGGAAUGUAAACAAAAAUCCACACAUGCUCAAAUGGUUAAGGCUCAAGAUUUUGCUUCCGGCGCCAUUAAUGCCAAAACCAAUUCACAUUCUUUGAAAACACUCAUCGAAUAUUUGAACGAAAAAUGCACCAGUUUUAUACCCGACAGUAAUUAUGUAGUCAUCGAUGCCAAGCUCCAGGUCAUAGCACGUCUCAGCAAGAGUGUAGAGGAUUGUGGCGAAGAAUCAGUGGGCACAAAAGCCAAAUAUUGCCAGGAUAUUUUGGACAUAAUGGAUAAAUUGGGAUUGGGUGAUUGUGUUAUGCGCACGUAUCUGGAAACGGAAAAGGCCAAAUGAAAUUAAUUAUAUUAAAAGAAAUAUAUUCUAUAAAAGUAUUUAAUAAAAAAAUUUCUUAAAAAUGUU